AUGAAGCUGCUGCGCCGCGCGUGGCGGCGCCGCGCAGCGCUGGGGCUCGUCGGCCUCGCGCUCGGCGGCGCGGCGCUGCUGUACCUGGCGCGCUGCGCGUCGGAGGGCGCCCGGGCCGCCGGGCCCGCGGCGGCGGCCGCCGGGCCCCGGGCCUCGGCCUUCCUGGCCGUGCUGGUGGCCAGCGCGCCCCGCGCCGCCGAGCGCCGGCGCGCCGUCCGCAGCACGUGGCUGGGCGCGGGGCGCCGCGGCGCGCCCGGAGACGUGUGGGCGCGCUUCGUGGUGGGCGGCGCGGGCCUGGGCGCCGAGGAGCGGCGCGCGCUGGAGCUGGAGCAGGCGCGGCACGGGGACCUGCUGCUGCUGCCCGCGCUGCGCGACGCCUACGAGAACCUCACGGCCAAGGUGCUGGCCAUGCUGUGCUGGCUGGACGAGCACGUGGCCUUCGAGUUCGUGCUCAAGGCGGACGACGACUCCUUCGUGCGGCUGGACGCCCUGCUGGCCGACCUGCGCGCGCGGGAGCCCGCGCGCCGCCGCCGCCUCUACUGGGGCUUCUUCUCCGGGCGCGGCCGCGUGAAGCCCGGCGGCCGCUGGCGCGAGGCGGCCUGGCAGCUCUGCGACUUCUACCUGCCCUACGCGCUGGGCGGCGGCUACGUGCUGUCGGCCGACCUGGUGCGCUACCUGCGCGGCGCCCGCGAGUUCCUGAGCGCCUGGCACAGCGAGGACGUGUCGCUGGGCGCCUGGCUGGCCCCGGUGGACGUGCGGCGCGAGCACGACCCGCGCUUCGACACCGAGUACAAGUCGCGCGGCUGCAGCAACCAGUACCUCGUGACGCACAAGCAGAGCCCCGAGGACAUGCUGGAGAAGCAGCGGACGCUGCUGAGCGAGGGCCGGCUGUGCCGCCGCGAGGUGCAGCUGCGCCUCUCCUACGUCUACGACUGGGCGGCGCCGCCCUCGCAGUGCUGCCAGCGCCGGGAGGGCAUCCCCUGAGCCCGGAGGGACCCCGCGCCACGCCUGGGCCGAAGGGCUUCGGGGCUCACUGCUCGGUGGGCUCCGGGUGGUCUUCCCUGCCUUUGGAGGGGGGGGGCCGGCGCACCUGAGCCCGCCACCCCCCCACCCCCGCCCCCGCCACCCCCCCGGGACCAGCCCGGGAGCGCUGUGCACACUGACCUGCAGGUGGUGUGUUGGACUCACCUGUGUGUCGCCGCCCAGAUGGCAUUCGGCAGAAUUGUACUGUUAGGGCAAGUUAAUUUAUUUCGCGUCUCUUGUUGCAUUCUUUGUCAUGUCCAUCUUGAGAUUUGAGCUGGUUUUAUGCCAACUGUGGAAUGAGUUUGUGGUAUAUACACUUCACUUGCCUGUGAACUAUUUAUAAAUACUCUAAAUUUGUGUAGAUAAGUUUUAAGUUGGUAGUAUACAGGUCUCAAUUUUUUAAAAUUAUUUAAGAAAAGA